UCUUCCCUUAGUGAUAAAGUUGCCUCAAUAAACAUAACAACAAUAUCCUUUUAUUUGUCCGUUGAAGUACAAGAUCCCACACUUGGCGUUUUUGAACAGUGGUGAAUGCUACAGGUAGAUGUGAGGCGUACAUAUGUUAAGGUUUCAAAGAAGCGUUAUGUUUUCAGGUCUAGGACUUCAACAAUGACUUCACAAUCACAUGAUGUUUUUGACACACAGAAGAGAAGCUGCCUUUCAGGCCUUGAUUUGAGUAGAAAGGGAUCCAUCGAUGCACCCAUUUUGGAUCUUGUCAGCUUCAUAAAUGGUCACAACAACUUCUUUACCACAAGUUCCUGUUCUGGAAGAAUUAUCAUAGUAGAUAAUGACCCUGAGGGUGUUGUCAAAAAGAAAGGAUGCAAAUGGCUGUUAACUUCUCACGAUUGUGUACAUCCUGAUCAAGUGAUUGAGAGCCUGGGCAAAUCUGAGGGAAAUGCUGCAUUAAAAUUUGAGGCAUUUGUUAUGCAUGUUCAGUGUCGAAAACUAGAAAAUGCUCAGCUAAUGCUGAGCUCAGGUGUCGGUUCAGGAUUCAGAAACUCAGGUCUGAGUGUUGGCAACAAAGGAAAAUUUAUUGCAGCAAUCCGAAGCACACAGUCCUUGGAAGUCCCUUUAACCUCCAAUGGUCAACUGAUGGUGGACAGAAAGUACAUCGAGUUUAUUGUGGACAUGGCUAACAAGAAACUUGCUGACAACUUGGUCAAAAUAGAAAGAUUUUUCGAGGAUCUGAAAUCUGCGGUACACACAGACGCUGCACGAUUGUCAACACAGAAGGGUAAGCAGACCACAAAAACAAAGAAAGAAAGAAAAGGAGUGUGUAUUGAUGACGUCAAAGUGAAAUGCUCAAAAGACAAUCCAACGCAAAAUGACCUUUGUGAUAAAAUUGACGAUGGUGAAUUAGAAAAUGAAGAAGAUAUUGUUAAUACCGCCAUGUUUUGGUGCGAAUUGGACACAUGAAAUAUAUAAAUAGUCUGCUAUUUGAUACAUUCUUAUUUGUCUCUAUUUGAAAUUAAUGUCUGUUCAAAGUGUAGCAAAAACAAGAGGUCAAGGUUUCAUAACACGAUUAUCAUAUGAAAUAUUAAAGAAACGUUUAAGGGAUAUAGUCUAUGCGAUUAUGAGGUGGGAGUAAAGAUAUUUUUGCAGACGUUUAAUAAUGGAAAAUAAUCCUUCAUUAGACAACUGGAGCAUAUCUUUGUUUAUUCGAUGUUUAUUUAAAGCGAAAUCAUCUCCCGAGUUAUGCAUACUAAGAUAAAAAAAGAUAUACAAUAACAAGUUUCAAGUGAGCUAGUCUGAUUUCCUGAUUAACUUAAUGUGAUACACGUAUAUUUAUAAAAAAAAUUCAACAAAGUUCACCCGAACUUAGGUCGGAACUGUGUUAAUAUGAACAGAAUGAUUGUUUUGUUCGUCUCGUGGCUUUAGCCUCUGUCUCUUCUUCUUGUACAAUAACAACAAAAGCCAAAUCAACAACGCCAACAUAAAUAUACCACAAAUAA